GUGACAGCAGUUACGACGCGCGAAGAAUUUUGAGUGAAUCGUUUGGUUACAGAAUGACGUCUAAAAUUAUUAAAUGAGCGCAGAUAUCGCAGAGGGUUCGUUCUCUAUGGAAGCGUCUUUGCCAGAUGAGGACGACCGCAUCACUGAGCGGACUUCGUGGAGUGGCAAGACCGAACAUGCGCUCCGUUCCCAUGGGGCUACGGAGAAACGACCCAAGUUAUCUACAGAGACUCUGACAUAUCCACCAUCACAGACUACGGCACAGAAGAACACAAGUCAAAAUUCCAUUUUACAGUCAUUAUCAGAUGUUACCAGAGAUUUACAGUUAGAUUCAGGCUACAGCAGUCAUAGCUCCAGUGCCAUGUGCUACUUGCAAGACUACAGUCAAACUGAAACGGGGCUGGUAGAGAGAUCUCAUACAGGAGUCAUUGAGGGGUCACAAGACAUGGGCUCUCUACCCGGGACCAGUGAUGGGGACAGUGGCUGCCUACAGGGGGACCUAGACCUGCUUUUGUAG